GCGACAAGGAAGCGGGAGACGCUCCAGGCGCGAGGCCGGCGGCGGUUUCGCCACCAACGCCCGCUUCGGAGUUUUGUGGACUUCGGCAGUGGGGCAGGGAAGAGAGAGUCAGAGAGAAGGAAAAGGAAGCUGGAGACUUCAGCAAUCACAGCCCCCGCCCCUUCUCUUGUUGCCGAGGGAAGCGGAAGUGUCGCCAUUUUCAAAUCUCUGGGUACAAUCUCCAGCUUGACCUGUAUCCCUCCAUCUAGCAGGAAGAUUUAAGGAAGAAUUUCACAAGGCACCAUGGCAGAACCAGAGAACCUUGAGGUGAUGGUGAAAACCUUGGACUCUCAGACAAGGACCUUCACAGUGGAGGAAGAGAUCACGGUGAAGGAGUUCAAGGAACAUAUCGCAGGCUCAGUCAGCAUCCCCUCAGAGAAACAGCGCCUCAUCUACCAAGGGAGAGUCCUGCAAGAUGACAAGAAGUUGAAAGAAUACAAUGUUGGAGGCAAAGUCAUCCACUUGGUGGAACGUGCACCCCCCCAGACACAGUCCCCCUCCUCGGGGGGUCCCUCUGGAGUCGGCUCAUCUUCUUCCCCCCACAACGGUACAGGCCCCCGAGGGGCAGGUCCCACAGUGCACGACCGCAACGCCAACAGCUACGUCAUGGUGGGAACCUUCAACUUACCAGUAAGCAUUAUGGACCCACAGCCAGCCACACAAAGCGAUGGAUCAUCAGUGGACGUUCAUAUAAAUAUGGACCAGGCUCCCAUACAGAGUGAGCCCCGCGUCCGUCUUGUGAUGGCCCAGCACAUGCUCCGAGACAUCCAGGGCAUCCUGAGCCGGCUGGAGGUCACAGGCUCCUGUCAUCGUCAGGGUCACGCCAAUGGCCAGGCCUCAUCCGGACCCGAGGAGCCACCAUCCGCUGGCCACCUGGAGCGGGAGCCGAUGGAGGGGGCCGCAUCGGAGCCUCCCAGCGAGCCCACACCCGCAGAGGAGACCCCUCCCUCCGGGGCCGAGCCCCCCCCUGUGGCCGAGCCCCCGGCACACAACCACCCUUCUCCGGGCGAGUAUGUGGAAGUGCUGGGUGAGCUCCGCGGGGUGGAGGGCAGACUCCAGCCCUUCUUGCAGAGAUACGAGGAGAUCCUGGGAACUGCUGGCACUGCUGACUACAACAACAACACUGAAGGUCGUGAAGAGGACCAGCGCAUGAUCAAUCUGGUUGGGGAAUCACUGCGCCUCCUGGGGAACACCUUCGUCGCCCUUUCGGACCUGCGCUGCAACCUCUCCUGCAGUGCCCCCCGGCACCUCCACGUGGUGCGGCCGAUGUCCCACUACACGGCCCCCAUGGUACUGCAGCAGGCCGCCAUCCCUAUCCAGAUCAACGUUGGCACUACGGUCACCAUGACGGGCAAUGGUGCUCGCACCGCCCAGGCCGGCUCGGAAGGCUCCGCAGCGCCCCCGGCCACCACUCCUGCCCAGCCGGGCACUUCCAGCCCUCCAGAGUCCUCCCGUCCCGCGGAGGGGUCACCCCCUGCCGCCUCCCCUGGAGCCACCCCCACCCAGACCCAGGCCUCCCAGACAGGCCACCCCCGUGUGAUCCGCAUCUCCCACCAGACAGUGGAGCCCGUGGUCAUGAUGCACAUGAACAUACAGGAUUCCGGCUCCCCGAUGGGAGGGAGCGGCUCUGGUGGAGCGCCGUUGUCAGGACCAGCCGGGCCAGUGCAAGGAAUGGGCGGUGCGGCUCACCUUCCGCUGCCCAGCAUCCCGCCUGAGUUUAUGCAGGCCGUGGCCCACCAGAUCACGCAGCAAGCCAUGGCGGCCGCUGCCUCUGCUGCGGCUGCAGGCCAGCAAGUCCCCAGCUUUCCGUCGGCUCCAGCACGCGUCGUGAUUGCCAGGCCCUCUGGUCCUUCUGCUCGGCCUGCUCAUCCCGGGUCGCACCAGGCACCGGGGCAAGGGGGCCCUGGCCUGGGUGGAAACGCGUCCUUGGCCCAGAUGAUCAGCGGCUUGGUGGGGCAGCUCCUCAUGCAGCCGGUGAUAGUAGCCCAGGGCAGUGCGACCUCCUCUGCAUCCUCCUCUUCCGUGAGCACGCAAGCGACCUUCGGUGCUGGCAACUCCGCGUCCCCUCCCACUGCCUCGGCCAGUGCUGGCACGACCAACACCGCCACCACUGCUGCAGGGGGCAGCUCGGCGGGGGCCCCCGGAGGACCCCUCCCCUCCGGCCAGCCUCCGACGGGCACUGCGGAGUUCCAGUUCUCUCAGCUGCUGGGCAACAUCCUCGGGGCGGCAGGCUCCAGCGUGGCCGGGGUGGCCGGCAUGGGCUCCCCCACUGUCACCGUGGCCAUGCCGGGCGUGCCUGCUUUCCUGCAGGGCAUGACCGACUUCCUUCAGGCCACACAGAUGGGGGCUGCUCCCCCACACCCUCCUGAGCAGGCUCCGCCAUCCCCGCAGCCGGUGGCCUCUCCUCCCCCACCGCCCCCUCCUCCGCCACCCCCUCCCCCCCAGAGCGGGACAGAGGCGCCCCCGGCCGGCGUGGGAGGGAGCGGCAGCAGCAACGGGCGUGGGACGGCCUCGGCGGAUGCGCUGCCCCUCGAGUUCUUCACCAGCGUGGUCCAGGGCGUCCUGUCCUCCAUGAUGGGCUCACUCAGCGCCCAGCAGGGCAGCACCGAGAGCAUCGCCGACUUCAUCCAGCGCCUGAGCGGCACCAGCAACAUCUUUGAGCCUGGCACCGAAGGGGCCCUUGGCUUCUUUGGAGACCUGCUCUCUCUGAUCUGCCAGAACUUCUCCAUGGUGGACGUGGUGAUGCUGCUGCACGGGCAGUUCCAGCCGCUGCAGCGGAUCCAGCCCCAGCUCAGCCACUUCUUCCGCGAGGAGUACCUGCACGGCCAGGAGCCCACCGAGCGCAAUGUCCGGAUGGCCACUUACAAUUUGAUUAAUGGCUUGGAGGAGUACAUCCGUGAGAGUUUUGCUUCCGUCCGCGUGCACGAGGGGGUGGACGUCACCCGCACGAACCUGGAGUUCCUGCAGGAGCAGUUCAACCGCAUUGCCACACACAUCCUGCACUGCACUGAUAACACCUUCGGGUACCGGCUGCUGGAGCUGUGCAACCGCGGCCUGUUCGAGUGCUUGGCGCUGAACCUCUACUGCGUGCGGGGAGAGCAGGCGGCCCUGACCGCCGUCAUCAGCGACCGCAUUAGGCGGAUGUCGGCAGAUAUGAACCCGUCCCUGGUGAGCUGGCUCACCACCAUGAUGAGUAUGCGGCUGCAGGACAUUCUGGAGCACAUGCCCGUCACGGAGGAGCACAUCCUGCAGUACGUCCGCCGGGUGGGCGACCCGCCACAGCCUGCUCCCGAAGAGCCCAUGGAUGUCCAGGCUGUGGAUCAGUCCCCAGAGACCCUGCAGUGUGACAGCGCCGCUUCCCCAGCCCCAGCCACCACGGCGGAGGAGGCCAUGCCGCAGCAGGGAGGGGAGCCGGAGCGUGAGGAGAUGCAGCAAGGAGAGGCCCCCGUGCCAGAUGCAGAGCCAUGGGCUGCGGCGGUGCCUCCGGAGUGGGUGCCCAUCAUCCGCGAGGACAUCCAGAGCCAGCGCAAGCUCAAGCAGCAGCCUCCCCUCAGCGAUGCGUACCUGAGCGGCAUGCCGGCAAAGCGGCGCAAGACCAUGCAGGGCGAUGGGCCUCAGCUGCUUCUGUCCGAGGCGGUCAGCAAGGCCGCCAAGGUGGCCGGCGUGAAACCUCUGACCAGCACGGAGAGCCUGAGCCGAGACCUUGCUGACCCGGCACUGCAGGAAGGCUACCGCCAGCAGCUGAAAUCGGACCUCCAGAAGCGGCUGCAGGCUGAUCCCAGCUUCACUCCCCAGCGGUUCCCCAAUGCUCAGCAGGCCUUUGUGGCCGAGGACUCAUAGCAGCUGCUGCCCAGGCUCCCCGGUCUGGAGGCACAGGCCCAGCGGGGUGGGUCUCCUUGCCCUCUGUGCACCGUGCAAGCAGCCGCUCCCUACUCAGGCCAAAUAUUUAAGUUCCUUCCCACGGAUUUCCUCAUCCCCUGCCCUCUGGUUGCUGUGACCUUUCUUCUCCAGUGGAGUGUCCAAGUUGCUGCUGAAAUCAGUCAAUAAAGCCACUUGUCCAGGG